AUGCGUGUGAAGGCUGUGUUAGCACCGCUUGUCGCGGUUGCGCCAAACGAGCGCAGCGAGGAAGGCAUCGCCGCGUCGACGCAGAUGGGGGCAAACUAUGCUAGGAUUCAAGGACGAGAGGUUUUAGUCAACAGAAACAAACGGCGACGCUCAGAAGACGAAGCUACGGGUGCUGGAGGAAGACCAAGACGUGCUGGUCUUGCGCUGAGUCAGGAAUGA